AUGUUUGGUCUGGUGGUUGUGUAUUGGGUGAAAUUACUAAAGGUAGUAUAUUAUUUCCUGGUAAAAAUGCGAAACAUCAAUUUAAAUUAAUAAUGGAUGCUCUUGGAAAUCCAAAUGAAACAGAGCUUAUGGAUAUGAAAGCGGCAUCGCUAAUGAUUGAUAAUUAUGAUAUUGCGCCAAAUGGCUUCAGAUCUAUUUUACCGUAUGCAUCCGAGGAAACUAUCAAUAUCCUUCAACGGAUACUUGUUUACAGUCCAACAAAACGUUUAUGUGGUAAAGUGUUAUUAUCGGAUCCAUUCUUUCAAGAACUUUUCAUUCCUAAUAAACGUCGAACCAAUGGAACUUUUGUUUCAAAUGUAAUUACAUUGGAUGAUAUACAGGAAAUACCGUAUGUUUUAAUUAAUUUUUAA